UAUUCCGCCUAUUAUUUAUAACUGCAAGUUAAUCUCAAAACAAGAGAACAUUAGCUUUCCAAUGGUACCAAAUUUAUCCAUAUGUCCUAACAGCACACUAAACCUUUUUCACCUCAAAUUCUAAUGGUGAAUCCUGAUCAGUUCUGCAAGAGUAUAUGCACCUAAAUUUAAAACAAUUUAUAAAGAAUUACAACUUAAUAAUAUGCAAUUUAUAUACCGAGUAAAGUAGGAUUAUUCUAUACAAGGGUGAUUAGUUCAGAUGUAACAUUGUACAAGUUAUAGUUAUGGAUAAAUUGGUUUCAAUUAUUAAUAACAGAUAAAAUAAGAAAGUAAUUACAUACCGAGUACAGUAGAAUUAUUCUAAAAAAUGAAAAUGAAAACAGGAAAGUUACUUGCUUUGUUAGUGUGUUUAUUUCUUAUGGGAUGUUUGUUAAUAAUAAGGAAUAUUCCAAACAAGGACUCUGCACAUAACAUAUCACCUAAGCCAAAAAUGGACAUAUUCGCUAAAGUCUUACAAAAUUGGCCCAAGGACAAACCAAAAGCUUUCAUUUAUUUCCUAUUACAAGAUAAUCCAGAAAGAAUGCAGAAGUUUUGGAAAGCAUUGGAGUCACUAGAGAAAUUCUUUAACUUGAAAUAUAACUAUCCUAUAAUCAUUUUUCAUGAAUCCAGCUUCAAGAAUACAACCAAGAAGGAAAUUAAGUCCAGGACACAAAACAUCGUUAUUUUUCAACUUGUUGAAUUCAUGAUUCCCUCUUUCAUAAAUUCAUCAAAACUAAUGAAGUCAAAGGUUUGUUACAGAGAUAUAGGAUACAAACAUAUGUGCCGUUUCCAUAGCAAACAAGUGCCCCAGCACCCUGUGAUGAAAAAAUUUGAUUUUUAUUUGCGCCUGGAUGAUGACUCCCUUUUUUUAAAGCCGAUAAAUUACGAUAUAUUUCGAUACUUCAGAGACAAUAAUUACAUGUAUGGAUAUUUAAUUAUGACACAGGAUCAAGCAAGAUGCGUGACAGGACUCUGGGAAAGUACAGAAAAAUACUGUAAGAAAAAUAACAUUAUUCCGAAAUUUGCAUGGAAAAAGAACACAAUAUUUUAUAACAAUUUUGAAAUUUCAAGGACAAGUAUAUGGUCAGGAGAUGCAUAUAGUAAAUACAUAGACUAUAUAGAUAGCCUUGGAGGUAUUUACUACAAUAGAUGGGGUGAUGCUCCUAUUAAGUCAUUAGCGCUCUCAAUUUUUGUGCAGCGAAGUAAGAUUACAAAGAUGCCACACAUUUCAUAUGAACAUCAAGGCAUCAGGAGUUAAAUGGACUUAGAAUUAAUAGAGGAUCAAUGCUUUAUUUUAUAAUGUUGUCCUUUGCUUUUGGAUUACACAGUAUGUCUUAUUUUAAGCUUUAAAUAGGUGUUAACAAUUUUUGUUAUAUCCUGAGUAAACGUAUUUAAGUCAUAUGGC